GAUCAUCUCGUUUUGCUGCGAAACAUUUUCUUGUCUGCCCGCGUGUCCCGCCCCCUCCAGCUCCCGACUAUUGUAUACACCGCCCUCCCUUUGCUUGUUUGCUUGCCAAUGUGCUCGACCACGGCGACGACGUUGUUCGGAUCCACUUUUGCGAGACUUCGUUGAUCCUGUUGUUUGAGUUUGUGCGAAGACUCUCGGGAUUCGAGUUUGUGUGCGGAAUUUUGUUACGAUUGUCCGAGUGAACUCAACUUAUUCACAAUGACGGAGCUACGAGAGGAAAAUGUGUACAUGGCUAAGCUCGCCGAGCAGGCGGAGCGGUACGAUGAGAUGGUGGAAGCCAUGGAGAAUGUGGUAAAGGCGGUGGAGAACGAGGAGCUGACCGUGGAGGAGCGGAACCUGUUGUCGGUGGCGUUUAAGAACGUGAUUGGUGCGAGGAGGGCGUCGUGGCGGAUCAUCUCUUCCAUCGAGCAGAAGGAAGAGGCCAAGGGGUCUGAGGAGCACGUCGCUGCUAUUAAGGAGUACCGAUCCAAAGUAGAGGCUGAGUUGAGCACCAUCUGUGACACUAUAUUGAAGCUUUUGGACUCGCACCUGAUCCCGUCCUCCACCUCGGGGGAGUCGAAGGUUUUUUACUUGAAAAUGAAGGGAGACUAUCACAGGUACCUGGCUGAGUUCAAAGCCGGCGCUGAGAGAAAAGAGGCAGCUGAGGCUACAUUGCACGCGUACAAGCAUGCACAAGACAUUUCAACGACAGAGUUGGCGUCCACACAUCCUAUCAGAUUGGGAUUGGCUUUGAAUUUUUCUGUCUUUUACUACGAAAUUUUGGUUUCUCCAGACCGAGCAUGCCAUCUUGCCAAGCAGGCUUUUGAUGAAGCUAUCUCUGAGUUAGAUACCUUAGGAGAGGAAUCCUACAAAGACAGUACUCUCAUUAUGCAGCUGCUCCGGGAUAACCUUACCUUAUGGACUUCAGAUAUGCAGGACGACAUUGGUGAAGAAGGAAAGGAUUCCAAGGUCGAAGAUGCUGAUGACCACUAGAACUUAGAAUAGAAACUCAUGUCCAGGCGACUAAGUUGAGGCUGGUACGGAUAUGUGCUCGACUUCCCAGAACAAUUAGCACUGGGUUAUGUAGAUUGUUUUAAAUGAAACCCUAUCGGCAUAACCAUUACAUCUCCAGGUUUUCUUGUGUUGCAUGCUUCUCGCCGGUUCUGGUAUCUGACCAGAUCUACGACGAUGUAGCAGUGUCAUUUAAUGGUAAUGGCUCUCUUGAUAUGUUGCUACUUAAGCUUGUUACAUCCGGGUCUUUUGGAAUCUAAACAAGCACUUGAUUCUCGCA